AUGGCUGCUCCUGUCGUUCCCAGCGACUUCCAAAUUUACAACUCAUACGUCGAAGAUCCCAAAUGGCAAGUCAAAUUUACCAUAAUCUGGUGCACUGGCGUGGCACUGGCUGUAGCUGUCUCUAUUCCGACUUUGAUUCUCGGUCUGAGACAUGGCAGGUCCCUCAAGGGAAUCACUGGAAUAUCAGAGACCAAUGGAUAUCAGUCCACCCGAUCCGAUGGUAAGGAGCCGCCGCCUACCCGUCGAAGAGGUCGCAGGUUGAUUGGAGCUUGGAAUGCUCUAAUCUCACCAAUGUAUUGGUCUCCUCCGAAACUCGGGCUUAGUCUUGGACAAAUCAUAGUCGUAUCGUCAUACCUUGCAGCUGUACUUGUCUGCAUCAUAAAGGAUGCCCCUCUCGUUUCGAAUCCGAACAGAGCUGGAUUUCUCGCUCUGGCACAGUUUCCAGUCGUCUUUUUGUUCGCAACAAAAAAUUCAAUUCUGUCCUUACUGUUAGGACCAGGGAAUGGCUACGAGAAACUCAAUUUUAUGCAUAGGAUGGCAGGAAGAGCUAUGUUCCUUGCCGCAUGGAUUCACGGGUUCUUGUGGAUUCGCAACCGUGUACAGUAUGAACUCCCAAUUCUGGGUCCGCAGAAAGAGACUUCGGGAGUAGCUUCGAUGGCCCUCCUCUGCAUCAUCGUCCUGACAUCUUUGAGGCCAGUUAGGAGACUUUUUUAUGAGUCUUUCCUCAUCAUCCACACAUUGGCAUACGUGUUAUUAUUUUACGCUAUAUACUACCAUACGACAUAUGCAUCACCGUGGAUAUUCCCUCCCCUUGCAUUUUAUGGCGCAGAUGUUUUAUGGCGCUUAUUCCGCUAUCGAAUCAAGGCUGCCACACUUACUGCCCAGGACGCUCACAUGACUCUGAUCCGUGUUCAUAAUUGCGAUAAUGGCUGGCUUGCUGGCCAGCAUGUCAGACUGCGCAUUCUCUUCUCCCACAGAGUGUUUGAAUUACAUCCCUUCACUGUCCUCUCGGCGCCACCUUCACAUUCAUGCCUAUCGUCACCCGGAUUACUUCUCGCUGCACGGAGCGAUGGAGACUGGACGCGGGCACUGAAUAGCUAUACCCGAAAGAAACAAGAACGUUCAAAAAUCAAUAAAACGUCCAAGGGCGACUCGGGUGCUUUCGUUCGAGUCAUGCUGGAUGGUCCUUACGGAGGGUCGAGCGUCGACCUAGGUCUAUAUGAAAGCGUGUUUCUUAUAGCUGGCGGGUCUGGUGUCACAUUCGCUCUUGGUCUACUGGACGAUAUCGUCGGCAAGUGUGUCAAACUAGGCCGCAAUCAGGGAGAACGAACGAGGAGAAUCGAAUUCACUUGGUACAUUAGAUCUUUCGGUCAGAUAGAAUGGUUUGCUCCGAUGCUGAUAGAUAUUGCUACGGCAGCGUCCAAUAGCACGAUCGACCUGCACAUCUCUAUUUUCGUGACGUACCUUUGCAAUCCAGAGGCGGUCCCUCACAUCCCAAACUCCAUCAUCGCACUAUCACGUCCGUCUGUUCAAGAUCUUCUCAAGGACUUCAUCAGUCUUUCGUCAUUAUCUGAGAAAGAAUAUUUGAUUAAAACCUCAUGUGAUGAAAGCCAGAAAUCACUGCAUUCGGGUGGGGGAGUCGCGGUCUGCGCUAGCGGUCCAGAGAGCUUGACGAGAGAUGUACAGAAUGCAGUCGCAAGAUUGGGUUUGAAAAUGAGUAUGGAUGUAGGCGGGGUUGCUCUACAUACAGAGCGCUUUACUUUGUAACUUGUCAAAAUCCUAGCAGUCAACAACUCAAAAAUGUGUGAACGAGUACUUUUUGGUCUAGACAAGUAGAAAUACCCUCCUUUUACCUUGAUCAUUAACAUUCUGUCACCGAAC